AUGAACGAAAUAUCACCAGAAGAGCUUCCUGAUUGCACACGGGCUCUGCUCGAUGUAUUGGAUCCGGAAGAGGAUUUGAGACUGUAUGCUCAGAUAGAAGCAGGAAUCAGAGAUACAGAGAGUCAGCGAAAGCAAGAGGUACACGAGAUUCAAAGUCAUGUCAAAGUCCUGUCACAAACGCUUUCUCAAUUACGAGCAACAUCGACGCGUGAUUCAGCGGGAUGGAAGUCGAACACAGAACAUGAUGACGAAAUGGAAAAGCUGCAAUCGCAAAAUUUUGAUCUUGUAAAGAGGAUCAACGAUCAAGAAGCUCGAUUGCGUAUCUUAGAGGCAGAUGUAGCUGCUCUAGAAAAAGAAGUUGCUUCAAUCGAUGAAGACGAUGUCGAAAGUCAAGAAGAGAUGGACAAAGAUGCAAUUGCUGUCGGCCUGUUCAGAAAGAUGGGCUUUGUUCCGUGCUACCUCAAAGCAGAUGGAACGGAAGUGAAAGAUACCUUCCAGUCCUUAAUGGUUCGAUCAGAGGCAAAGAAUCGUUCAACAGAAUUCGACGUAGAUGACGAAAAAAUGCGUACAAGGGGAAUUACUCCGUAUAUCCUUGCCAAUCAGCUUUGGCUAGCCAGCGAAUGA